UCCUCCAGAGAUGCCCUGUCCCAAACCUGGACUUGCCCUCAGAAACCAAGCAAGUGCGUGGUACCUGCCUUCUUGGGCCGGGCAGCCAUCUUUCCCAGCAUUCUUGCAGAGCCCGAGCUCCUCGCAAGUUCAAGUCCCACCUCAUAAUGCUGGAUGUCUGCGUCAGGCUGCAUGAAGUAAGGUCGCCCGCUGAGGGCUCCCUGCAGGGUCAGGCAUUUCUUCCGUCACCUGGGGCUCCCUGUCCAAAACCAGGGGUGCCGGUACCCUGCUCAGGGAUGCCGGCCCUCUGUGGUGUGGAAGAGGUGGGGCUGGACUCUGUCGCCAUCACCCUCGACUCGCGCAUGGGGUUAUCUGCGUCCAAGGCUGCCCUCGGGGCGACCACCGAUGAGCCCAUGGAGCCUGAGCCGAAACAACUGGCUGAUCUAAUACAGUACAUCAGUGAAACUAACAUAAGCGUUGAACAUCUGGCUAAUGUUCUUUCUGAAAAAACUGGGAGCAGUAGCUGGGUGGUGGUGUUCAAAGCCCUGGUUACUGUACAUCACCUCGUGGUGCACGGAAAUGAGGUGAGCGUAAGCAUGCAAUUGCAAAAUGUUCUUGGUUUGUCAAGGGCUUACUACCUUUUACUUUAAUUAGUGGCAAGUGAGGGAAGUGAAUAGCAGUAUGUAUUUAAAAUAUUUUUAUCUGUUUUUAUUAAUGCAUAUAUCUUUGUGAUCAGUAUUCUUUGAGGUGUACCAUUUUAGUCACUGAUAAAAUAGCCACUAGAUAACAAUGUCCAUAAUAGAGUGGAUAUUUCUGUCAAUUCUUUAGAGGAUUUAGACCCUGCUUUACUUUGACAGGAGAGACUACACCUAAGCAUAUUACCUCAUCACCUACCCAUCUCUCUAUAUUUUACAGAACAACUGGAAUGCUCCAUAACAUUAAAUUACUUAUUAUUUUCUAUUUUAAAUUCACAGGCAUUUUCCCUCAGUAAGUUUUGUAUUAAAAAAUCAGGGUUUAGAAAUUGACUGGAUUUUGAAACUCAUUGUAAAGCAACAGUAAUUACACAGUAGAGUAUUGGUAAAAAAUAGAACAUAUAUAUAAAUGGAACACAAUAGAGAGCUUGGUUAUAGAACUACACUUAUAUGGGAACUUGGUGGCACUAAAAAAUGUGGGGAAAAGCAUAGGGGAAGGAAUUUAAAAUAAAGCCUAUUGGCACAAGCAGCAUCCCUAUGGAAAAAAUGAGAAUGAGAUGCUUAUGUUACCCCAUAUACAAAAAUAAAUUCCACAUGGAUGAAAUAUCUAAAUUCAAAAAAUAGAUAAAAUUGAAGAAAAUGUAGGAGAAUAUGCUUAUGACAUUUGGGUAGGGAAGGCGCCAUAGUUAAAAGAAGAUAUUUGCAACAUAUAUACUAUAGACUAAAGGUUAAUAUUCAGAAUACAUAAUUAGUAAGCAAAAGGCACUACAAUAGACUAAUGAGCAAAAGAAAUGAACAGAGGGUUUAUAGAAAAGGAAAACAGAAUGUCUAAUAAUCAUCUGAGAACAUGCUCAUAUUAGCAAAAAUUAAAAUUUCUGACAGUAUGAAUAGUUGGGAGGACAUUGAGGUAAUGGGAAUUCACAUACUCUGUGGAUACAUGUAGCUGCUGCAGUUUAUCACUGUGGAGCGGAGAACAUUGAGACACAUUUAGAAAGUUGAAAAUGCCCAUCCCAGUGACUCAGCAAAUCCACUUCUCACAUCAUGUUUAUAAUAAUGAAAAACUAGAAAUCACCUAAAUUUCCAUCACUAGAGAACAGAUAAAAUUUAGUGUAGUUAUACAAUAAAAUGCUGUAUUACAUUAAAUGGGAUUGUAUACCAAUAAGGCUAGACCUCAAAAACAAUGCUAAUAGAAGAAGCAAAUUGUAGAAUGACACUUAGAGUGCAAAACUACUUACGUAAAAAAUUUAAAAUACACACAGUACUUGUCCAUGGAACAAAUACAUGUGAAACUAUGAGGAAAAUAGAUUGUAAAGAUAAUGCAUUAAAAUUAUGAUACCAGUUACUUCUAGGUAGAAGCAGGAAAUGGAUCUCAGGGAUGGGGCUUUAUCCGUAAUCAUUUAUUUUCUCUUAUUUUAAUAAUAGACUUGAAGCAGAUAUGUCAGAAAGUUAGCAGUUAUCAUUUCCAGGUAGUGGGGUCCACAGAUGUAUCAUAUUAUUAUUUGUAUACUUCCGUAACUUAAAAUUACUCAAAAUCAAGAGUGGGGCAUGCCUAGAUAGAAAGUCUUAGAGGGAAACAGUGUGUAUUCACAUGAGCUUUAAUGUUUAACUCCUUGUUUAUUUGGGGGGUAUAUAAAUAGAGGAGAGUUGGCAGCUGCAAAUCUUUAUGUUGGCCAGCACAGGAUGUGAUUGUGCGCAACUUAAUCAAUGUUCCUGAAAUAGAUACAAGGUGUGUGAGAGAAUUAAGUAUACAUUCAUAAUGACAAUCAUUAAGGAACUUUUCGUGUGUACAGAAACUAAUUUUAGAAUUUGGCACAUUUGUUUGACAGUGUUUCAUUAAACAUGUUUCAUGUCAGAGCUCUUUGUUCACUUUACACAAUUUCCUGGAUAAAAGUGUCAUAGAAGGUAAGAUGAUUCUUUGAUGGAAAUAUUUCCAUAUGCCAAAGAGGGAAAAGUUCUGAAAAUUGUGCCUAGUUAAAAAAGUGUCUAAAUUAUGAAGGCUGCGAUGUGCUAUACAUUUUAAGAAUGUAAAUAAUCCCCAAAUUCAUUGAUACAACGUAUAUUUGGAGCUUACUAAGAAUAACAGAAUAUGCCAUAUGCUAGAGACAGAAAAGUUAAUGAGACCUACAGGUCUUUGCUCAGUGAAGCCUUGUCCAGCCUACCAAAAAUUGCAGCACCUUUACACCAGUUCUCUGCCUGGGUUUAUUCUUUCCCCUUCUCCCUGACUGUCUCUGUGUUCCUUUUUUUUUUUUUUUUAACAUACUUGUCUGUCAUUUCCCAUUGAAAUGUAAGCCCUAUGAGGGCAGGAAUAUUUGUCUGUUUUUUUCACUGCUGAACUUCCAGCACUUAAUACAUCGCCUGGCUUAUAGUAGGCACUCAGUGAUUGUUUAAUGAAUGAAUAAAUUGAAGGGGAAUCAGCAUACAUUUGGAGGUCGAGUAGAGAGUAGUUGAGUUUGUACCAUGGCCUUUCUUCUCCUUUUUCUCUAUGAAGUAGGCUGCAGGUCAUUUGCUGAGUGGAGGGAGAGGGGAGGAGGGAUCGUGGCAGUGGGAUGAGGAGAGUAAGGAAAAUGCUAACAAUUUAUAAUAGUUUCUGUGAAAAUGUCGAAGGAGCUGAUACAGUUCAAUUAUUUCAUCUGUUCAGGAAUGUCACCAUCAAUAUCCCAUUAAGGGAUGAUAUCAAAGCUCUAAGGAAAUAAAAAUUAAUCUUU